UAGUAGUAGUAGUAGUAGUAGUAGUAGUAGAUUUCUAUCCCGCCCUUUCUCCCAAUAGGAACCCCAUGGGGCUUACUUCUGCGUAGACCCACGUAGGACGCUGCUGCUAAGACUGCCAUCCUUUCCCGGACAGUAAGUCCCUCUGAAUUCUGCGGGGCUUCCUCCGGAGCAGACGCAGAGAGGGCCGUGCUCCGUGAAGCCCGCCAUCCCCACCCUGACCCGGGAGCAAGCUGCACCGGCCUUUCGGGGCUUCCUCCCGGGGAGGCCGCCCGCCGGUCCAGCCUGGCUCGACCCCCCGCCGGGCGGCCGUCCCUCCUGCUCUCCGCCUCCCCUUCCUCCUGCGAGGCUGGCGGAGGCGGGCCUCUGCCUGGCUGCGAUGAUGGCGGCGGCGGCGGCGGCUGGUCCGGGCGCGGCCGGGCGGGCUCCGCCGGUGCUGCUCUCCUGCCUGCUGGGCCACUUGGGGGGCCUCCUGGUGUCGUCGGCGGCCGCGGCGGCCAGGCAGGCGCAGGUGGAGGUGCUCCUCUUGCCGCCCGAAGAGCAGCGGCGGGACGAGGCCGAGGGAGGCGCCGGCUAUACGCUGCAGGGCGCGCUGCUGGGCAGGCCCGGCCGGGAGAGGGAGAGGGAGGCGCCGCCGCGCCGGCAACGGGAGCAGCGGCAGGAGGAGGAAGAGGAGGAGGCGGAAGCCGCGAUCCGGGGCAGCCUCGUCCUGGUAGGGGAUGCCGAUCCCAACCUGCAGGAUGACGAUAGCUGGAUUGGCGUUGUCCCCGUGGGCGAGGAACAGGCGGAGAUCCUGCGUGGCGGCAAGGAAGAGUCCUUCACCACUGCGGUGGUCAACAAGAUGAAACGGGCGCUUGUCUUAGGGGCUUCUGCUUUGCUCAUCCUUGCACUGAAUCAGAACGCGAUCCGAGAGCUGGAUAUCUCCCAGGUUCUCUCAAAGCCAGUGAUCAUCGUCCAGACCUCGGAAAACGUUACCAAACUCCUCGGAGCGCUGCUGCGAGGUCUUCGGGCCACAGCAAAGAUAACGUAUCAAGCAGUGUUGCUGGAGAAUGUGGGGGUGACACUGACUCUGUGGUCCACCUGUGGCCUCUCCCGCGGUGGCCUUUAUGGAGAGUGGCAGGGAGUCAUCUGCACAGGAGAGAACAGCUCGAGAGUCCAGAAGUACCUCCAGCAGCUGUGGAACGCCAUCCUGCUCAUCGCCUUGAUCCUGUGCACAGGCGUGAUCAUGCAGGCACAGCGGCAGUCCCGGCACGGCCAGCUGGACCAGGACUCUGAGUUUGAUCUCAAGCAGCACAUCACGCAAAGGCUGUCGGCGCUGAAGACCCGGCGCUAUCACCCCGGCAAGAGCUGGGCUCACGAGAUUGACAGCUGCGCCAUCUGCUUGGACCGCUUCCACAAGAAUCAGUGUCUCCGGGUGCUGCCGUGCCUGCACGAGUUUCACCGAGACUGCGUAGAUCCAUGGCUUCUCCUGCAGCAGACCUGCCCUCUCUGCAAACACAAUAUUUUAGGAAACUGUUAUCAAGACAGCUAGCCCACUGGUGGCGUGUCCUUGUGGAUUGAUCUGCCUGCGCUCCAUGGGAGAGACUUUGCCAGAGCCUUUUGAUGCCUUGAUGGCUGCUUGGAACAAGAGGAAAACAACACUCUCAGCACUCUGGGCUCCUUCGAGAUGGGAAGUGUGCCUGUGUGUGUGCGUGUGUGUCAAAUAACGUGUUUGUCUGUCCUCGGGCCUACUUGUGCAUCUCUGCGCCAGGCUGAAUCCAUUGCACUUUUGAUGUGUCCUUUGGAGCAUCUGUGCUGCAUGAACCUGUAGGUGAGGUGAGGUAGGGGUGAGGCCCUCUCUGCUUGUACCUUGUUUUGCCACCGUGGAAGGGGCGGGGGCGCUGUGCUGUUCCUGAUCGGAGGAGGCUUCACUUGGCUUAGGACUGAGGGUGGGGUGGGGGAGGAUUUGAAGCGCUUGCUUAUUUAUACUAACUUAUUAGAGAGAAGGGCUGAAUGGGAGUGCUGGGCCCAAGCAACGGUGUCACAGCACUGUGUGCACCGUCGGGGUGUGUAUAAAGCCACCUGUAUUAAUAAAGCCACAAAAACGCCCAUGCAAGGAGAAACCUG